AUGACAUUUUUAGGAACUGGGGAACUGACCAUGGGUGCUACGGCAACAUCUGAGCCACAAACCACGACUGCCGUACUGCAGACCACAGCCGGGCCCGAACCACUGACCACAGGUGUGAGGGUUGGGUCCGAGCAACCAACUACACCUGCCGUACUGCAGACCACGGCCGGGCCCGGACCACUGACCACGGGUGUGAGGGUUGGGUCCGAGCAACCAACUACACCUGCCGUACUGCAGACCACGGCCGGGCCCGGACCACUGACCACGGGUGUGAGGGUUGGGUCCGAGCAACCAACUACACCUGCCGUACUGCAGACUACGGCCGGGCCCGGACCACUGACCACGGGUGUGAGGGUUGGGUCCGAGCAACCAACUACACCUGCCGGACUGCAGACCACUGUAGUGCCCGAACCACUGACCACCAGUGCCGCAUUGCCGACUACGGGCGGACCCGAGUCUCAAACCACGGGUGGUUUGCAGGCCACAGAAGCCUCCUCGACAGACCUUGCCUCACAGACUACGGCUCUUUCAAAUGGCACAAAAGACCCCAUAACAAGAUCCUCGACAGAGACCACUGGCUCCCAACAGACCACGAACAACACUUUACAGAAUACCACGCACUCUUCACAGACCACGGAGAUCCCACCGACCACAGACACAUUACGGAAUACCAAGGACGCCUCACACACCACAAGCAGCUCUGGCGAAGACGAAGGCCUGUCACCUGGCGCGCUAGUCGGCAUCAUCAUUGGAAGUGUCGUAGGCGGAUGCCUCAUCUUAGCGUUAAUCAUCACCAUUUUCCAAUUCAUCUGUUGCAAGAGCAAGCAGCAGGUAGGAGAUAUUGAGAUGGAGACAAGCAAGUCGGGGAUGUCUUCCAAGACGGGCAAUGAUGACAAAAUGGAUUUGAUAGAGGUUAAGUGA